CACUGUGCCACUGCGUUGCCCCCUUUCGAGAAUAUUUUACUUAAUUUUAUUUGGCAGUGUCUGAUUUUAGAGCCAUUUUCUUGCUUUCUCUGAGCUUUUUGGCUCUGAUGUAACAAAAGUGUUAUACUCCUGUCAGUGGGUCAUAGAACUGGUUUAUCUGCAUUAGUCUGAAUGUCACACAUUCUCCUGUUCACUGCUGGUUAAGCAACAUGUGAACAUGUAACAUCAACGCUCAUCAACUUUGAUAGAUAAUUUGAGUUUAAUCUUUAAAAUGAAACUUAUUUUAUUCAUUUAUGUCUCUGCCCUCCUUGAGGUGUCUGACGGAUUCACUGUGCUGGGCUCCUCUGCUCCUCUGGUUGCUCCUCUGGGAUCUUCAGUGGUUUUGCCCUGUUUUGCUUCUGAACUUUUACCAGCGGAGGGUUUGAGGGUGGAAUGGAGACGAACAGACUCAAAUAAUCUGGUUCAUCUGAUCAUUGAUGGUAAAAGUCGAGCAGAGGAACAGCAUCAGGACUAUUAUCAAAGAGCUCAUUUCAUUACUGAGGAGAUUCAGCAUGGCGUUUACUCUCUCCGUCUGGAUGAUCUGAGAGCUGAUGAUAAAGGGCUGUACAGGUGUAAAGUGUACAGUCAGCGGGAUGCUGGUGCAACUCUGGUUGAAAUUAAAGCCGUUGAGUAUUUGAGUGUGUCGGGAUCUGCUGGUCCAGUUUCUGUGUCUGUGGGUGGACACGUCACUCUCAGCUGCUCUGUGAAGUCUCACGUCCCUCCUGAAGAGAUUGAACGGGUCUCAUGGAGGAAAGCAGAUGAAGACCUCCAGCUUCUGCAUUUUGAAAAGAGCGCAGUGAUUCCUGCAGAUGAGCGAUACAGAGAGCGCGUGGUGUUUUUCCCCUCUGAAAUCCCCAAAGGAAACUUCUCUGUCAGACUGAGGAGCGUCAGAACUGAAGACGCAGGAGUUUACAUGUGUCUCGUCAAGACUGGAGGAGUUUCAGCAAACACCACUGUCAUUAUAGAAACACACAGUUUGUCUGAAUUUCACACACUGAUCUUGUUUCUGUGUGUCGCUGCGUCUGGAUCUGCUCUGCUGCUCUACUUUCUCAUCUAUUGCAGAUCACAAUCUAACUGCACAGCCAAGUGUCUUCAGAUGUGCCUCAUCUUUCUUCCAAACAUCAUGAUGUUUACUGCUGUCAUUCUCUGGGGUCUGUCUGAGGGUUUGGAGCAUGAGACUGUUGCUUGUUCUGCUCUGUUUUUACUGAGACCUAACAUGCUGUUUAGAGCCGGACCAUAUGGAUCCCAAGUCAUCAGUCAGUGGAUGAAUUACGGGUUUUGGAGUUUUUUGGAAUACAUUGUAAUUACUGGUGUGAUUUAUCAAGUUCUGUUUUUUAAAUAUGCUCUGGAUCAAAGUUGGCAAUCUACAGUUUUCAUCGUAGUCUCAGUAGGACUUUCAUUUGCCUUACUGCUUCUGGUGUUUCUGUUAUGGUGUAUGAUGGACUGUGACAAUGCCUGGAGAAAUAAUGAUCCACAGUCACAAAUACUGCACGCAGUUUUGGAGGGGAUGCUGGCAAUAUUAGGCAUGCUUAUUAUGGGAGGUCUCCAUUUGGAUAAACAAGUGCUUCUUGCUGUUGGAGUUUUUCCUCUGCUCUCAAGUUGGAUGGGUUUGGCCUAUCCCGGUAUUACUGUGCUAUUACCCAGGAGAAGUAAUUCACUUCUGGUACGGAAAGGGCAGUGGCUCAGUGGAAUCAUACUGAUAAAUGCUUUUAUGCUCUGUUUUUAUAUUUACACUCUGGAAAAUCAUCAAGAUUAUAUGGCAUGGGCGAGUGUGGUUGUGUUUCUGCAGAUACAGUGGACACUUAUGGAUUUGACCUGGGCGUUUAACAAAUCAGUUGGUCGUCACAGCAGAUUUGUGUAUCUGUUUGGAUCAGUCGGUGUUGUUUUACUCACCUCUUCAACACUGACACUGAACAUAUUGAAUGGCGAGCGUGUGCUGGGAGAUCUGAGAAUUGUUCUCUUUGCAUCUGAAAGUGUCUUCGCUUCAGCUCUGCUGGUUUUACAGAUAGCUGCACCUGGCGAGGCUUGUGAAUUUAGAGGAUGUCAUAUGCCUUCCAAGAUAAUUCUGGGUACCGUGAUUGUUGGGUCAAAGAUAUUGUCGUUAUUGAAACUAUGUAAUGUCAUUAACUUUAAUUAAGGCACAAUCUCUGGGCUAAUGUCAUAACAAAACGUUCGAGGUUACAGAAGUAACCCUUCGUUCCCCGAGGAGGGGAACGGAAGUGCCAUAGA